AUGCUUGACUCCAUUAGUACCGAAAGAGAUCAUCGACAAAAAACAAGAGAACAACAAAUGAACGAACAGCUUGAUUCUCUCGAAGAUUCCAUUCGAAAUCUCGAUAAGAUUCUGAAAGAAAAAAAGCAAAGUUCACAAUCUACUCGUCAUUCGAUUAAAAAUAGCACAUCGAGUAGUUCCUCCUUGCCGAAAUGCUUCUGGCGAAUUUCGUCUCCGAUGAAUACGACAUUCAAUAUUCGUCAAUUGUACGAACGUCUUCCAUUCGAUAAUCAAAAUGGUGGUGUAUGGACGCAGGGUUUCGACAUUCAGUACAAUACAUCACAAUGGACAGCAACUAACAAAUUGAAAAUCAUUGUCAUGCCUCAUUCGCAUUGUGAUCCAGGUUGGCUGAAUACCUUCGAGCAAUAUUUUAAGCAUGUAACGAAACGUAUUCUGACAACAAUUGUAACAAUGCUGGAGAAAAAUGCUAAUUAUCGGUUUGUUUGGGCUGAAAUGUCGUUUUUAAGUUUAUGGUGGGAUCAAGCUACCAGCGAUCAACGCGAAUUAUUGAAGAAAGCUUUACAUAGUAAGCGAUUAGAGAUUGUUACAGGAGGCUGGGUGAUGAACGAUGAAGCAAAUACACAUUAUUUUGCUAUGCUUGAUCAGCUAAUCGAAGGACAUCAAUUUAUCGAACAAAAUAUCGGAAACAUUUCGAUUGAAAACAGCUGGGCAAAUGACCCCUUUGGCUACUCGCCAACGAUGGCGUAUUUACUUCAACGCUCCGGAAUACGAAAUUUAGCUAUUCAAAGGGUUCAUUAUCAUAUAAAAAAAGAGUUAGCCAGAGAGAAGCAAUUGGAAUUUCUUUGGCAGCAACCAUGGGAUCGAACGAGUUCUACACGAAUAUUCACGCAUGUGUUGCCAUUUUAUGCUUAUGAUAUUCCUUAUACAUGUGGACCUGACCCGAAAAUAUGCUGUCAGUUUGAUUUCAAACGAGGAACCGAUUCAUAUAUCAGUUGUUCAUGGGGAAUCGAUCCUGUCACAAUCAAUGAAGAAAAUCUUCCGGAACGAUCACAGUUAUUAUUAGAUCAAUAUCGAAAGAAAGCUCAAUUAUAUCGUACAAAUGUUUUGUUUAUCCAACUAGGCGAUGAUUUUCGUUAUCAAACAACUAAUGAAGCAAGGCUGCAAUUCGAUAAUUAUGACAAAUUAUUUGCAUAUAUGAAUCAACGCACUGAUUGGAAUGUCCAGAUUCAAUAUGGCACACUAAAUGAUUAUUUCGAUCAAAUGACAAAAAUGAAAUCUCGUGAGGAAUUUCCGAGCUAUGUCGGAGAUUUCUUUACAUAUGCGGAUCGAACCGACAAUUAUUGGAGUGGAUAUUACACAUCGCGAGCAUUUUUCAAGCGAAUGGAUCGAAUUGUUGAAUCGUAUCUACGAGCUUCAGAGAUACUCUUCUCCGUUGCAUGUGUGGAAAUGUUCGGACGAAAACUUCUGAAUUACUUUCCAACCGAAGAAUUAUUCUCAAUGUUAACUCAAACGCGACGAAAUCUCGGCCUAUUCCAACAUCAUGAUGGUAUUACAGGCACUGCGAAAAGUCACGUGGUCAAUGAUUAUGGAAGAAAAUUGUUGUCAAGUAUUCACAUGACACAAAAUAUUAUCGAACAAUCUGCGGCAUUUCUUCUAUUUCCAAAUGAAUAUUUCUUUCGGCAGCAAGUUUUAGCUUCGAAUGAAGUCUUUCCUUCAUAUGAUCUGUUGCCAGCCAAACAGUUAUUAGUAUUUGACAAUAACCAACAAAAUCAUCGAGUAGUUUAUGUCUACAAUCCAACUGAUCAGAAACGAUCGGAAAUUAUUCAAAUUCUUUCGAAUGUUUACCAUGUACACAUCACAAGCAGUGAAAAAUCGGUUAAAACAUGCCAGAUCGGACCGAAAUGGUCGAGUAAAACAUCGAAUACGAUGGAACAUCACCAAUAUGAAUUGUUCAUCCUUGUGAACGUUGAACCAUAUUCGAUCAAAGACUAUACAAUUCAUAGUAGUACGACCAAUGAACAGUCAUGCCAAUUAGUCAAGCUGCAGUAUAUCAACGAACAGUAUAGUCCAAAGAACCAAUCAGCGCCCUUUCCGAUCGAAAUAAUAGACACAAAACUGAUUCAGAUGGAGAAUCGUGUUCUAGAUGUGACUUUCUCAAAAACUGGUGCUAUACUCAACCUUCACUCCAAGCUCUCCGAUGAAAACCUGCGUUUUCAUAUGAAUAUGAUUCAGUACGGCACAACGAAAGAAUCGGAUCAUCAUAGCGGUGCUUAUUUGUUUAUACCGAAUGGAAAUGCUCAAGAAAUACCAAUGAAUAAUUUUCAUCUUAUCCGCGUUCAACAUGGUUUACUAGUAACUCGAAUCGAUCUUAUCAAUGAUCUCUACAGUUUACAAUAUCGUUUAACGGAUACGAACGACGCAAAUGACCAGACAAUCGAACUUGAUGUGUUGACCCAUUUAACCAUGAAUAAAGAUAUCGAACUGGGCGUACGAUUAUCAACUGGUAUUAAAAAUGGUGCGGAAUUCUUUACAGAUCUGAAUGGCUUUCAAAUGAUUCGCAGAAAAACGUAUGACAAAUUACCCCUACAAGGUAAUGUGUAUCCCAUGCCAACCAUGGCUUACAUCGAAGAUGAUUCCAUGCGAUUUACUGUCCUUGCUGGUCAACCAUCAGGUGUUGCAUGUUUAAAACCAGGUGUUAUGGACAUUUUUCUUGAUCGACGCUUAACUCAAGACGAUGGCCGUGGAUUAGGUCAAGGUGUGAUGGAUAAUCGCGAAAUAAUCAGCACAUUUAAGCUUCUAUUCGAACGACGCCACACAACUGUCGAUCAAACAUCGUUGACAGGCUAUCCAACGCUUCAGGCACAUCAUUUAUCUAUCAAACUUCUCUAUCCAAUGCAUAUUCUCCAGUCGUUCAUACCGAGAGCGGUGCAAGAUGGCUAUCAGUUGUUUGCGAAACCAUCACUUCUUCCUAGUGACUAUCAUUUAGUUAAUAUUCGUGCAUUGAACAAUAUGAAGUCGAAUUCAACAAAGUGCUUUGCAUUGAUCCUUCGAAGGUUCGCCUACGAUUGUGAUGAUAAUUACGAUCAACUGUUUCAUUUUAAACAACCAACAUUCACUGAUUUCUUCCUAUCCAAUCGGAUUCAAUCCAUCGAACAAACUUCUCUAUCUCUACGUCAUGUUCACCAAUAUUUAAACAAUACAUCUACACUUACUAUACCGUACGCUGAACUUGUAACAUAUAAAAUCCAUUUUUAUUAA